AAGGAGAGUUUCAGCUCCAUAAAAAGCAAGAAGUUGAUGGGUCCAGAAGAGCUGCCAAUGAUUCGUAAUUGCAAUCAGAUCAUCAGAGACGUGUGCAACUGUAUUUGGCGCCUGAAAGCUUACACGACGGAUGACAAGCUGUCUGUAUUCUACUGCAACCCUGCGGACAUUGACUCUAAGCUAGAGGACAGGGAAAUGGCGGAGAGCCUGUCUGUGGUCCGACACCCCGCCCUGCUGCCGUUCACAGUGAAGUACUCACAAAAUAUCCUACAGGACUCCUUCCUGGAUCUGAAGGAACUCAAGAACCAUAAAAAGGAGUUGUUAGCACAUCUGGCGGAUCACAACCUGGAUGGACUGCAGCAGUUUGUGGCCACGUUUGUACGCGUGAAGACGUCGACCAGCGGAACACCUCACAGAACUGUGCUCAGUACCCUCUCACAGGGGAACAACUCUGCCUUCGGUUUUUGAGAUAUAUAAUGUGUUCUGGCGAGACUGGUUUUAAUGCAUGUGCGGAAAGUGUUAUACAGUCUAAUAUGGGACGAAACUUUCCACUUUUAAGAUUUGUAUGCCCCCGGAUCAUUCGAUCAGGGGUAUAUUUGGUUUUUGCCUCUCUGUCUGUCUGUCAUUGUAUGUGUGUGUCCCAAAACUUUAACCUUGGUCAUAACUAUUGCAAUAUUGAAGAUAUCAACUUUGGCAUGUAUAGAGCUGCACAUUUUGAGUGGUGAAAGAUCAAGGGCAUCCUUCAAUGUCAAAGGUCAAAUAUAUGGCUUCAAAGCGCAGUAGGGGGUAUUGUGUAUCACAAACACAGCUCUUGUUUUUAUUUUUAUUCAAAGAAGUCGUAUCUGAAAGAAAAUCCAGUCUAGGUCGAGAGUGUUGUCACAGGUUAAUCAGGUGUGACACUUUAUGCCCAUGCAUUAGGCCCAGUUUCGGCAUAACGAGGCUCAGUUUAGAAUAUACACACAAAAGGGAUAGAUCUGCCUUUGGAUUUUGAGGUCUAACAGACAUAUAUAAUAUACCUCUUGUGCACAAGUGUAUUGGAGACCCUGCCCAAAGUUUUUAACCCUUUCCCAUUCACUGGCAGUUUGUUCAGGUUUUAUGCUGUUUGCUGCUCUUUAAGGGUUGGAAAUAAAGCCGUUAAAACUUUAAUCUAGUAAGUAACGUCUUUAAUUAAAUUUGAUUUUCAAAUGGACUGCAAACACGUUUAAAUACAUAUCUAAGUGGUAAAGGUUGAAGUGGAUUAUGCCACUGACUGAUGACACAAGUAAACUCUGCCCACUUUCAUUAUAUAAUGCACAUUAAUGGGAAGCAUCCAUCAGUUUUACUGAUAUUCUUGUUAAAUUUGUACUGUGCUUGACCUCAAAACAAGUAACACUUUCUUGAUUCGAAUUUGUAUUUAUUUACAAAAUGUAUUGUGGACGUAAUUAUUUAUGAUUUUAUCGACAAUUCUGUAUGAGUCAUGUUCUUUACACAUUUUCCAUACAAGGGUCUUUUUUUUUCAUUUGUAUAUUGUGCAUAACUGUAUAUCGCUAUUAAUGUAUGCUCGACAUUUUAUGUCACUUAUUUAUUUUUAUGUUAAAAUUUUGGUAAGUGGCAAAAUAUAAAGAAUAUAAUGGUAGGUUAGUUUUGAUAACAUGUGCUAUCACACUCUUCGAAUAUGGCAUGUUAAAGGUCUUGCCUUUUGUUAGCUCACCUGAGCGAUAGCUCGGGGUGAGCUAUUGUGAUCACUCACCGUCCGGCGUCCGGCCGUCCGUCUGUCUGUCUGUCUGUAAACAAUUUGUAAACAUCUUCUUCUACUAAACCAUUGAGCCAAUUUCAACUAAAUUUCAUGUGGAGCAUCCCUAGGUCAUGGGACAAAAAAAUGUUAAAAAAAAAUUGAUCACAUAACCAAGAUGGCCGCCAUGACCAUAUAUGGUAAAAACCUUAAAAAAUCUUCUUGUCAGAAACCGCUCAUCAGAUUUUCCAAAAAUUUCACAGGGAUGACCUUUGAAGGCUCCCCUGAAAAAGUUGUUCAAAGAAAUUUGAUUCGUCAAAAAACAUGGCCGCAGGAGCUCGUUGAACUUUGCAUGUUUAUUCGUUUUUGCCUAUUUUGUGAAAAUUUUCAAAAAUCUUCCACAUUUUUUGUCGGAUCCUUUCCAAAUUUGCACAGUGUCUUUAUAUCAAUGAGGACACGAACCCUACAAAAAAUGAGCAUUAUUGGUCCAUGAAGUACAGAAUUACCUCCCCUUGAAUUGAGAAAAUGGUGUUUAUGCAAUAAAGUCCAAAUUUUUCAUCCAAUUCUUUCCAAACUUGCACAGUGUCUUCAUAUCAAUGAAAACUCGAGCCCUGUCGAAAAUGAGCAACAUCGGACCAUUAAGUCCAGAAUUAUCUCCUUGAGAUGGCAGAUUUAGAAAUAAUUAUAGUGUACUCUUUUUUUCCAAUUAAUAGUGCUAUUAGAGUAAAGGAUUUGCUGGCUACAGGCCAGGUUUCUCUGACACGAUUCUCUUCUGAUGGCUUUGCUGCAGACCACAUAAACCCUUAACCCAGAACAGUUAAUUCUUUCUGCAAAUGUUUGUGACUGUGGAAAUCAUUGAAAUAAAGGAGAAAUUGCUGAAAUUAGCAUUUUAUCCUUUCAUCACAAUGCUUCCUACCCUAUUAAAUCAGUUUCUUCUUAUUGUAAAUUCAAUAGAGUUUUAGCAAAAUUUUUCACCCCCUACUUUUGAGCUUAAUAUGGUUUUUCACCCCCGGUGUUAAACUCAAUUGGGUUAUUUAGGGAAUGACAUAUAUAAUAUAAUAAAAAUCUACAAAGGUUACUUUAUUAUUUAUACAAAUGGAAUUCAAAAAGGUAUCUGUACAUAACAACAAACAAUUUCUGAAUUUCUGAUCAAAGUUCAUUCAUUUUUGCGUUUAAUAAGACCGAGUUUGUGAAAAUCGUUGCACAAUUGAUGAAGUUAUUGCUGUUCAAAGCGAUGCACCCCGUUAUGGGGUCGUUUUGAGUUGAAUACCUCGACAAUGAAAGUAGAUAUCGGACGGGUCUAAGUAUAAUUACAAUAAUACCCAAAAGAUUGAUAAUCGCUGGAAAGACUGCCUUCUUUUCUUCAUAGGACGGCAUAUAAACUAUCCGAUACAUUUUUGUACCGAAAAUAACCAGUCUAAAAAAUACGCCCGGUGUUCUUAAGAAUUGCAUUUCGUGACGCAAGGUUUUUUACGGGAAUAACAUUAUUAAAUUUGUAUUUGCGUUUUUGUACACUUUAUUCUGAAUUUAAUAACGUUUUUAUUAACCAGGUUUUCCGAAGGAAAAACUGGUUAUUAGAUUGGCGAAUGUCGGCGGGCCGGUGGAACAAGCUUGUCCGCGCCAUAACUUUGUCGUUUAUUGUGAGGUUUGAAAUCAUUUGGCACAUUUGUUCACCAUCAUUAGAUGGUGUGUAGCGCGAAACAAUUACGUUGAUAUCUCCAAGGUCAAGGUCACACUGAGUUCAAAGGUCAAAAAUGGCCAUAAAUGGGCUUGUCCGGGCCAUAUCUAUGUCAUUCAUUGUGAGAUUUUAAAAUCAUUUGGCACACUUGUUCACCAUCAUUGGAUGGUGUGUCACAUGAAAGAAUUACGUCAAUAUCUCCAAGGUCAAGGUCGCCACGACUUAAAAUAGAUUUAUUUUGAAACAAAGGGGGUUUAUUAUAAACAAUCCGUUCAGUUUUAGUUGUCUCCCUUUAUCAGACUUUUUUUUCCAAUUGAAAACCUGGUUUUGUGACAAUUGUGUCCCUUGUUGGCUAUUUUAAUUGCGUAUUAACGCAAAUAUGCUUGUUAAUUAUAGCCCUGCCUGCAUGAUUUGUACAUCUACACUGUUUCCUGAUAAUAAAAUGUCACACAAAGCUAAGUCAUACCGAAAAAAUAGCUUAUGAAAAAAAACAUUUCAUCCUGCAAAAUAAAUAGAUUUUCUUUUUAAAUAAACUGCAUUAGAUAGAAUUAAUAAAAAGCAAACAAACAGUCACACACAGGCAUCGGCGACCACAUCAUCAAAUGACAGUGGUUUGAGCCCAGUUACUUUUUAGCUCACCUGUCACAAAGUGACAUAGUGAGCUUAUGUGACAGUGUGAUUUCGGGCGUCCGUUGUGCGUGCGUGUGUGUGUCCGUGAACAUUUUUUUUGUGUAGACAGUAGAAGUCACAUUUUUUAUCCAAUCUUUAUGAAAUUUGGUCAGAAUGUUUAUCUUGAUGAAAUCUGGGUUGGGAUUGUAUUUGGGUCAUCUGGGGUCAAAAUCUAGAUCACUAGGUCAAAUAAUAGAAAAACCUUGUGUAGACAAUAGAGGUCACAGUUUUCAUCCAAUCUUUUUGAAAUUUGGUCAGAAUGUUUAUCUUGAUGAAAUCUGGGUUGGGAUUGUAUUUAGGUCAUCUGGGGUCAAAAUCUAGGUCACUAGGUCAAAUAAAAGAAAAACCUUGUGUAAACAAUAGAGGUCACAGUUUUCAUCAGAUGUUUAUGAAAUUUGGUCAGAAUGUUUAUCCUAAUAAUAUCUGAUUUUGGAUCGUAUAUGGGUCAUUUGGGGUAUAAAAUUAGGUCAUCGGGCCAUUUCUAGUAAAACCUUGUGUAGAUGAAAGAGGUCUCAGUUUUCAUCAUGUCUUAAUGAAAUUUUGUCAGAAUGUAUUAAUUAAUGAAAUCUGGCUUGGGAUAUGGGUCUGAUAGAAUUUAAGUUGAUGUAGCAAGGUUAGUCAGGUGAGCGAUUCAGGGCCUUCAUGGCCCUCUUGUUGUUUUUUAGCAACAAAUGGGGCUUAACUUGCAUUUUAUAAUCUGUAUCAUCCAACUUCAAAAAGUAUUAUAUAUUUAAUCUGAAAUAACCAUGUUAGGAUCUUCAUAUUUUUGCUUGUCUUAAAACUAAAACUGCAUAUUUUUGAGCCAUGUUGUGAGAAAACUGGUGCAUAAAGUGUUUUCUCUGAUUAGCCUGUGCAGUGUACACAAGAUUAGCCUGUGCAGUGUACACAGGAUAAUCAGGGACGACUAGCCUGUGCAGUCUACACAGGAUAAUCAGGAACGACUAGCCUGUGCAGUCUACACAGGAUAAUCAGGGAUGACUAGCCUGUGCAGUCUACACAGGAUAAUCAGGGACGACUGGCCUGUGCAGUCUACACAGGAUAAUCAGGGACGACUAGCCUGUGCAGUCUACACAGGAUAAUCAGGAACGACUAGCCUGUGCAGUCUACACAGGAUAAUCAGGGACGACACUUUCUGCCUUCAUGGGAUUUUUUUUAUUUUGAAGAGACUUCCUUUUAAACAAAAGAUUCCUUCAAAGCAGAAAGUUUCGUUCCUGAUUGCGCAUGCUAAUCUGGAAUGACAGCACGAACAUGCAUUAAGCCCAGUUUUCACAGAACGUGGCUUAUAUUAUUUUAAGACUUUGUUAAGUGUACUUGCUAUUAAUGUCAGCCCCAUGUAUUACAUUGUAAGAGCAGAUUUGUCCUUUUACCUUUUGUGAAAUCAGCCCCCCCCCCCCCCCCCCCGAAGUUGUUUUUUGGAAAAAAAAUAUAAUUUCACUGAACAUACAUGUAUAUAUUAUUUGAAGGCUUUUGAUAGUGUACAUGUACUAGUUAAUGUCAGCCACAUGUAUUUCGAGCAGAUUGCUCCCUUGACCUUUUGUGGGAUCAACCCUAUGACGUUGUUUGCUUCAAGAAAAAACAGGGAGGGUGAAUCUAAGUUGUCAAAACUGUGACGUAGUUGAGGAGUUCUCGAUAAUUUUACUGAACAUGUAUGUAAAGAUUGGGAUAGAAAGAGAAUCCGAGGUUAUUUGCCUAUGAAUCAGUGAUAUAAGAGGUGAGGUUAGGUAAUAAGAACUCAGGGACAUGCUAAUUUCUGCUAACGUCUGUACACAGCAUGGGAUGGUCAGUACUGUUUGUCAUAACCCUUUCCCACUUUGAUACACAUGUGAUGCAUUUGUAGUACCUUAUUAAUUUAAUUUAAAUAAAGAUCUUUCUUACUAGAUUCAAGUUUUAACCCUUUACCACUUAGAUACGUUUUUCAAAAGACAAAUAGAAAGUAGAAAGUAACAUUAAAUUAAAUACCUUUCUUUCUAAAUUCAAUUUUUAAAGGCUUUGAUUCCAACCCUUCGUUACUGAUGAGCACAAACAGCAUUAAACCUGAACAGACUGCGAGUUACUUGCAGGCUUUUCUUGUUUUAUGCUGGUUGCAAAAGCUAUUUUCACUUUGCUUCUUAUGGGGGGAAUUAAGGGUUAAAGGUUCCAUUUUCAACCCUUCGAUACUGAUGAUCAGCAAACGGCAUAAAACCUGAACAUACUGCAAGUUACUCGCAGGCUGUUCUGGUUUUAGGAUGGUUGCAAAAGCCAUUUUCUCUUUGCUUCUUAUGGGGGAAUUAAGGGUUAAAGGUUCCAUUUCCAACCCUCAGAUACUGAUGAUCAGCAAACAGCAUAAAACCUGAACAUACUGCAAGUUACUCGCAGGCUGUACUGGUUUUAGGAUGGUUGCAAAAGCCAUUUUCUCUUUGCUUCUUAUGGGGGAAUUAAGGGUUAAAGGUUCCAUUUCCAACCCUUAGAUACUGAUGAUCAGCAAACAGCAUAAAACCUGAACGUACUGCAAGUUACUCGCAGGCUGUUCUGGUUUUAGGAUGGUUGCAAAAGCCAUUUUCACUUUGUUUCUUAUAGGGGAAAGGGUUAAUGUCUCACUUGGCCUAUUAGAAGUCCCAAUUCAAAUGCUAGUAUGAUAUUGUGCUCUUAACUGAAAAAGAGCAUUGAUCUACUCACAGUAUGUUAUAACAACGACACUUAAUUUUAAUGAGAAUAAUGUUAGAAAUUAUUGACGAACAAAAACAUAAACAAUCGCAACACUAUUUAAAAAAAUUUCUUUUUCAUUAUUCAAUAUAUUUUCAAAAACUUUCGUUUUCACAUUACAACCAAUCUAACUUUGAGAAAUUUUACCAAUUUCUGAUCUUGUACUUCACCUUUCAUUUUACUCUGAAUAUUUGUUACAGGAAAUAGGCCAGUCAUAUUUUCUUUUGAUUUUGCAGCUUGAUUGUUUUGUUAAAUUGUUAAAAACAUAUACUGCUUUAAGUAGUGCAAUAUAGUUAUGUAAACAAGCUAAUAAUGUGUACCAUAUUUUUUUUAUUUGCAGCAUUUGUAUACAGCCAAAAUGUGUACAUGUUUAUUUUAUUUUUCUCUGUGUUAAGUCCAACUUACUAAUUUCCUGUGUAUAAAGCCACGUGAGGUUUAGAUUUGGGAACACAAAUUAUUCUGUAUGACAAUAGUCAAGUAAAUUUAUCAAAAUAAAUUCAAUCAUUUUAGUGACCUAUGAAUUAAGACUUUGAAAGAGAGAAUAAAACAGUCAAUUCCGAGUGUAAAAAUGCGUUUGAAAACCCUUAAAGAAAAAGGCGAAGCAAAAUGAGAAAUUUUGAUAAUUAUGUACCUAUAAAUACAGGUUUGUUAUUUCCAGAAUAACAUUUUUACUUUUUCAAUAUAAUACAGGAUAAUCAGGUAAUGGAUAGCAUCAGAUAUGUAUGAACAACAUCAUGUGAAAAAAGGGUCUAAUGCCAUAUGUGGCCUGUGAAGCUCCAAACCAGUCUGCCCAGUCUUGUAAGGGGGCUACACUGUACCCUGUAAAGUCAUUCAAGGUUUUGUGGCUAUCAGCGUACAGGGUAGUUCCUGGCCUGACUGGGCGGUGUGGAGGUAAGCUCGCAGCAUAUGGAAUUUGACCCAUUUUUAGCUCUGCGUUUUCGGAGAAAACCCAAGGUAUUGUCAUAGCCUGCUCGUCGUGUCCUACGCCGUCAGCAUUGUGCUAAAACCUUAACAUUUUGUUAAGGUUUUUAACAUUUGCUUUAAAAUCAAAUUGCUUCCACCUGCAACUUUGAAACUUCAUAUGUAGAUGCACCUUGAUGAGUUCUACACGCCACACCCAUUUUACAGUCACUAGGUCAAAGCUCAAGGUCACUGUGACCUUUAAAAAAAAUAAUCUGACAAGCUUUCAUUUAUUCAAAACUGAACCGUAGCCGAGCGUGGCACCUGUUAUGCGGUGCUCUUGUUACAUUACGCAGCUCAUUUGUGUCCAGUGAUUUAUUAUCUUUUCCUAUGUAAACAGCAUUGAAACUUUGUUGCUGGGAGCUGAUGAUUGUAAUAGGGAAACUUUUAAAAAUUUGGACUUCAUAUUUAAGGUGUUUAUACACAGGUGCUGCUUCUGUUUGAGAAAUUGCUGUACACAUGCUUAUAUGCCAUAACAGUUUGUUUUCGCUAUUCGACAAAUAAAUACUAAUAAGAAA